AUGGGCUCAGCUUCGUCCAAGGCGGCGCGCAGCGCACCGCGCAAGUUUCCUGCCCGCAGCGCAGGCUCCGCCGUGGCCCAGACGACGAGUCGACCACCGCGCGCCUCGCCGCAGCCCAGCGCGGCGUCCGACCUCUCCCCAGACCAAGAAACAAUCUCGCGCGCCGCCGAUCCCGAGUUCACGCCCGCCGGCUUCGCCAGCCGCCUGCAGCAGAUGGGCAUCGUCGACCCGAACCCGACCUACUCACCCUCCUCGCGCGCCGCCGACGCGCACCGGGAGCUGCCGUCCGCCGCGCCCGGCCGGCCCAUUUUCCCGUCGUCGCGGGCCAACACGACGCUGACGGCGCUGGAGGCGCGGCGGCGCGCACAGGAGCGCGCGGAGGAGGAUGAGGAGCGCUUCCUGCGGGUGGGCAUGAGGGGCGCGGCGCGGCGGCAGGUGGACGCGCGCACGCUGGCGGACGCGCUGAGGAUGGUGGAUGCGGGAGCGGCGCCGAGGGACGUCGAGGCGCGCAUGGGGAUGCGGGAGGGCUUGCUGGGGAGGACCGGGAGGAAGGGCGUGUUGACGCUCCUGACGACUUGA